UUGCAGUAGGCGUGGGGCGCGAGUCUGGCAUGUUGUCGUAGAGUCGUAGAGUCCCGCAGUGCACUCAUCCCAAGCUCUACCUGUGACAACUAGCGACGCUGAACCGGCGGAAACGGGUGGAUGACGUUUGCGCCGGCCCGUGCUGAUCGUAAACUCCGCUGCGGUCGGAACUCGGCCAAAAACCGCGCGCGCGUGCUGUCGCACGUGUCAUGUAGUGCGUCUUCCUGAGAAGCAGCAGCGACGAUCAACAGGUGCCCGCCUCGGCCAGCGUCAUGAGUGCCCAAUACCGGCCGUACCGCGAUGAGGACAACGGUGGCGAUAGCGAGCCGAUGACAUGGCCCGAUCACGAACCGACAGGCGCGGUGCAGAUCUACGAGAAGACCACGGAAGACAUUCGAGUUGUGUCGCAUCGCAACCUGGUUAUCGGCGGCUUGGGCAUCGCGCUGCUGGGUGUUCUCGCGGGUCUCCUGGUCGGCUACUUCGCGCACACCGAGCACAGCGGCUGCGUGCGGGGCAAGUCGGUCGCCAUCCACGCCGUGUACGACGCCGACCCGAGCAUCAGGGCGCGGCUCCUGGGCCUCAUCAAAGCUGAAGGCAUCAACCGAACCGCAGGCCAACUGCUCGAGGUGCGCACAGACUCCGAGAUCGUGGAUCUGCUGCAGCAGCUUUGGAAAGACCAGGGUCUCGAAGCUGUGCAGCAGCAUGCAUACGAGGUGCUGCUCUCCUUCCCCGAUUCAUCUCGCCCUAACCGGAUGCGGCACUUCACGAAUGCAUCUGAUGGAGCUGGAGCGACUGUGGACAUCUUCUCGGAGGAGCACCGUCCAUACGUCGCUUACUGCACGGCCAAUGCUCCCAUCAGAGGCCCCCUGGUGUAUGGGGGUCGUCUACAGCCAUCGGACGUAGACUGGCUACAUGGUUCCAAUGUGACGCUUGACGGCAGCAUCCUACUCGUGCGACUUGGCACAGAGCCCUUGGGGCGGCAGCUGGCGAUGGCGCAGCGAGCAGGUGCACGUGCAGUCCUGCUGUACCCAGACCCUCGCGAGUUUCGGCCGCUGCCUUCGGGCUACCCCACGGAGCAGGACGGUAGUGCUGCCUGGUGGUGGCUGCCACCCGACGGCAGUCACUGUGCCAGCCCCCUGGGUCCACUCCUCGGCGACCCACAGACCCCUGGGUAUCCUGCUGUAGUGUCUGCACACCGGUUGCCUCGGGACCAGGUGUACCUGCCUAUGGUGCCAGCGCAGACGAUCAGUGCCAGCGUGGCCGAGAUUCUGCUGCGGCACCUAGGUGGACCGCCUGUGACGGUGCAAAUGCAGGGAUCCUUAGGUGGGGAGGGAAACGCGUCCCUUGGCGCUGGACCGGGACCCAUUGAGGUUGAGCUGCAGCUGCACAACAUUCUGCGCAACCAGACCGUGUUCGACUUGGUCGGAUACGUGCGCGGUCGUGUCGAGCCAGAUCGUUACGUGCUGGUGGGUGCUGGCCGUGAUGCGUGGGGCGACUCGGACAUUGGCAGCACAGCCCUGCUGCUCGAACUGAGUGCAGCCUUUGGAACACUUCUCAAGGAUGGUUGGAGGCCACGCCGUACAGUCAUCUUCUGCAGCUGGGCUGCCGAGGAAUUCCAGUCGGUGGGCGUUGUCGAAUGGCUUGAGGAGAACCUCAAGCUGCUGCAUGGUCGUGUGGUGGCUUACAUUGACCUUGGCCAACCAGUGCUUGGGUCCACAUCGCUAAGUGUGGCAGCCUCCCCACUCCUCUACCACGCUGUCUUUAACGCCACCAGGCAGGUUCCGACUGGGGGUGAAGGCUCACCCAGUGUGUACAGGCAGUGGGUGGCCACUUUCCCUAAGCACCGCAAUGCUUCGCGACUCCUGUUCCCUUCACUGGGUGGCUCUGCUGCCCCAGUGCACCUGGAGGAAGGGGAGGACUGGGACGCCUUCAGUGUGGAGCCCCUGGACCUGCUGACCAACUACAGGCACGCUGCCAUGCUGCCCGUGCGACCAGCAGUGCGGGCCAUGGAUGUCGAGGGAAGCUACGCAGCCUUCUUCUCCCAGGCAGGCAUCCCAGUGGUGCAGAUGAGUUACGUGGACGACAUCCUUCAGAAGAUGUCCCGAGUGGCGUUCCCACGCAAGCACACCCAGUACGACAGCUUCUCGCUGUUUCGAGAACACGUGGACCCGGAGUUGCGGGCGCAUGCGACGGUGGCGGCAGUUGCGGGCGAGUUGUUGCGCACCCUGGCCGACUCUCUCUUCCUGCCGUUCAACCUGUUUGACUACGCGCAGCUCUUGAAAGACCUCUGCAUCAGUCUUCAUCUGCAUGCUCAUGGCCUAGACUUGGGUCCUUUAGAUGCUGCUGUUCAAAACUUCUCAGAUGCAGCCUACAACUUCCACUCCCGCCAGAAUGGCCUCGACACCUCUGAUCCAAUGGCCAUCCGAAUGGUGAAUGAUCAGUUGCUGCUGCUGGAACGAGUGUUUCUCGACCCCAGAGGUUUGCCUCGAAACCCUUACAAAAAGCACUUGGUGUUGUCCCCACCAGAGUUGCCUACGUACAUGGACGAGAUGUUCCCAGGCAUCAUGGAUGAGUUCACGCGCCUCGUGGAUGAGCUGGGCUCCCCGACCGAUCCAGGUCCACACCUGGACGUACUGAGGCAGCACUAUGCCUUGCUGGUGCAGGUCAUCCAGCAGGCUGCCGACACACUGGCCGCCGUGGUACCACCCUACACCUAGCUCCACUACUUGUGCGUUUGUUUCAUUUCACCAUCGAAGUUACAUAUAGCACCAGAGGCUCGUUCACUCCUGCGACUAGCACCGGUCACGCAACCAAGUUAGUCGCAACGCAACUGCUAGCAAAUGGUCGCUUUGGCUCAGUCGCUCGCUGCUCGAUUUUUCAGUCGCACGAAUGCAGUCACAAACCUCUGAACCAACCAGAUGUGCAGGAACGGGACGUCAGCUUAUUUUACGGAGCAGUGGCAGUGUGAGCCGUAUGCGAGCAGACGUGAAUUCUGUGGAGCGAUGGGUGUAAGUGCAUGCAGGGGUGAGCAUCAGUCCCCCAACCGGUGCAGGUCUCAGGUGUGGAUGAGCCUUAAGGCAAACCGAGCACAUGCAAUCAACGAUGGGCAGAGGCCUUCAUUCAUCCUAUUAGAACAAAGUUACUCAAAAAAAAAUGUUAGCAUACUUCGAAGGUAGUGCCCAGCCCUCGUGAUUGAUGUGCUCUGUCUGCUUUUAGAUGCUUGUAACUUUGAGCAUGUAUGUACCGACUAGGUCGUCACCAAAAGCAAGUCCAUUUUGUGGUGUUUUUGAUGGCAACCGAAGCAAGGAGCAUGCAUGGUUGCCCUGAUGCUGCAGAUGUGCCAGAACACGUCUAAUUGAGGUUUAAGUCCCUGGAUAGUUUUUUCACCUUGUUUUUCGAAGCAGGUAACUAGUUCACGUCCUCUCUUUGUGGGGCAGCUGUCGUCCAUCUUGCUUAGGCAGCACAGCUUGCACAGAAAAUCAUGUCAGGAUUGGAACAAUUUCUACUGUAUCAUAUCUUGAAAGGAAGAAAAAGGUGCAGCAUCAUUGCAGUUUUAGCAGUGUUCUUCCAUAAAGGGCCUGCUUUCAAACCAUGCUAGGACGAAGGUCACGGGAUCUAAUACUGGCCACGGUGGCCACACUUCAAUGAAUGCAAAAUGCUAGAGGCCCGUGUAUACUUAGAUGUAGGUGCUUAAUAAAGAACAGGUGGUCGAAAUUUACGGAGCACUUCAUUACAGCGUCCCUCAUAAUCAUUGUGGUUUAGGGACAUAAAACCCCAAAGAUUGUUGAAUCAUGCUAGGAGUAAUAUGGUACUCAGAGGUGUAUUACUGAGCAUCGAUCUUGCAUAAACAAAGCUCAGGCAUUGCCAUAAAGUCUUUGCUGUUCAAUCACGCAGAAAGCUUAUCUGGGGACUGAAGCUGAGCUGGUACGCACAUGCUCCUGCACUGUCUUGAGGCUUGUCCAGUGCAUUGCUGAGAACAAGGUAGCUGCACUUUUAUCGGGUGCAGACUCCGUAUUGUUAAAUCAUGCUCGGCAGUGCCUUCAGUUUCACAUUGUACUAUGUGAAACUGAAGUUUCAUUUAGCACAGCAAAAUGCCUCACUGUAGCACCAAGUGCUCGCAGAGGUCGUGACGUUUCUGCUGAUUCAUUUGAAAUGCCACUAUUUCCGGCGUGUCCAUUUGCACUACUGUUUAGCUCAUCACCCUAUACUGCCGUCCUGAUGUAUCAUUUUAUAGUUUCAGAACAGCAACUAACUAACAACCGCAUUUUGAAGAAACGAGUUUGGUUACUCAUAGGAACUGUCGGCAGCUGUCUCAUUGAAGUAGGCUCAGAAGCCACUGUUCUCAAUAUACACAGUUAUCAGAAAAUCACUCAAUGUAUGGGAUAGGAUGGCAGGAAGUGGUGUUGCCUUUAAACUGCGAAGCCUUUUCAUUUUAUGCAGUUAUAGUGCACUGCAUAGCACUUUUACUCUACCCUGGAGCAAAAUGUGGAAUACUCUACACUGAUCUGAGCAGAGGCGCAAAAAUGCUAAUUGUCUUAGAUUUAUGUACACAUUAAAGAACCCCAGGUGGUCCAAACUAAUUUGGAGUCCCUCACUGCAGCAUGCCUCUUAAAUCAUAUCGUUGUUUUGGCACGUAAAACCCCACAAUGUAAUUUUUCUGUUACGAGCCACGUUGCUGAAACCUAUUACAUUACAUAUUGUAGCAUAUAGAUGUACAUGUGUGGUAAAAUCUCUGUAAACGGAAAUUACUUGACCGGAAUUAUGUCUUAAAUGAAGCAACAUUAUCCUGAUUGGUUGAGUUUGCAUUUAGUAGGGGUGUGUGAAUAGUAUUUUAGAACCGAAUAGAAUUAGGGGAGUGUGAAUAGUGAAAUUUCACCUCGAAUCGAAUAGUGCUGAAUAGUGGCCAAAAAUAUCGAAUAUCGAAUAAUAUUUACAUGACAUGUGUACCGCCAGUUACGGCAAGACAGAGGAAAAAUCAGAAGUGCUACGUCGUGCCGACAGUUCUAUUACGCACUUGUUCGGGAGUGGCUUUUGUUUCACCUUUUAUGGGCGCGCAGGCAUGUUGAUAGAAGAGCUGCCAAUAUUCCAGUCAGCAGCGCCACUUCCAACCUCCUAACAGCUAAGAGAGGUGGGUACGGUAGCUAGUUUUUUUCGCCAUGGUCGCGCAAUACGGCUCAUCUGACAACGUAAUGUGCUUCAUCGCCAUGGGUGCUCCGGGCCCAAAAAUCUUCGGGCGCCCGUUCACAUCAGUGUUUCAACUGAGUGCCGGAACGAUGGGAGUUUCUGAACGAGUGGUUCGGUGCUGCAGUGGUGACUGCCCAGCGUGAACAAAUUUUUACAUGCAAAGCCAAUGACCGAGGGUUUCGCAGGCCAAAGUCGGGACGUUUUACUAUGCUUGCGGCAUACGCAACCGAACUACGCAAGAAGUCCGUGUCUUCGUUUUGGGAACGAAGUUGUGAAGGGUUUGACAUUUUUCUCAUGUGUUUUUCUACGUGCAGAAAUGCCAUAAUCUCGUUUAACAUCAUCAUGGGCUCGCUUUCGAACCAGGAUGUCAGUGAAAGUUUAACGAAAGGCCUACUGUGACGUUAGAGUUAGUUUUCGCCACCCUACCCUAACCAAGUUGCACCAUUAGCCUUUGUCGCAUUUUAGAUAUUUGUCCUGUCGAAUUAUUCGAAACUUCGAAUACUAGCUAUUCGAAAGUCUUAUCGAAUUAUUUGAUUAGGUACUAUUUGAUUCGAAUUCGAAAUUCGAACAUUGGCACACCCCUAAAUAGAAUAUGAAUCGAAUGGCGAUGACACCAAAUCGAAUACGAAUUGAAUACUAUUAGCAUAGUUUUCGAAUGCUAAGGCAACCAUUUUCAAAGCAGCUCUAGAAUGGUAAUGUAACUGUUUUCGAAACAGCCCAAAAAUUCUGCAACAUUUUAUUUCAAACAAAUAUUCACAAAGUGUAUCAAAAGAACAGUACGAUUAUUUUUAACCGACAAAAAUACCACAAUUGUCUAAACUGACAUAAGCUCAUAUACAGUAAUUACUAGAGCCUUAGAAAUAUUUUGCAACUGCAGUUUGAAAUACAGAAGUGACUACAGUAUUCAACAUGGCACUUAAUCAAUAGAUUUUAAAUAAAACUUGUAUAUAAAUCUUAAACAAUAUUCAUGAGUCAACAUCAUCGUAAAUGUCAUGAUGAAGACAGUGGAUUUAUUAUUCUGUCGCUUCGGCGACACUGGAGUUUUAAGCAAAAACGCCUUCUUCCUGUGAUCACUCUAAAGUCGAUAGUCCCGUAAAACCUUGGGCUGCAUACAUCUUGGUAAUUCUACGAUUAAAGUAAGAAAUGUUGUACCUCUCUGUUCCAACGUUUCUUUCUUUGAGGUUUUUUUCAUUGGUGCUUGUUAUUCGAAAAGUAUUCAGUUUUUCUAAUAUACCUUAUUCAAUUUGAGCACCAAAUCGAAUGGAACGCUACUAGAAUCGUUAUUCAAAAUUUUUGAAUAUUCACACGCCCCUAGCAUUUAAGUAAUGCAAAAAAGGCUUUAGGUAAUCAGAAUCAAAACGUUAACAAUUCUCUCUCUAAACAGAGCCACAGGAGUAAGCUCUGAAAGAUAUUUUUCAAGAAAGGGACAAUCUGAAAUAUAUUCUUGCAACACCUGUCUUCUAUUUAUAUAGCCACCUCUAAGAAAUGGUCACAAAUAGUCUCCAUGUUAUUCGGCCACCAGUUGGAAAAUUAAGAUUGAUGUUUCAAAAUAUUUUUAUUCUGAAUGAAUAAAUAUGUCACUGGCACCUCCUUGAAACCCAAACAAGCUAAGCCUAGUCCAACCAGUAGCUGUGAAUCGUGCCUUAUGCCACUGAACAAACUAGCUGAUACAUUCGCUUCUUAAUGCUUAACAUACCUAAACAAUGUUGAGAGUGUGUCCCACAGAUGGUGCUUAAAUGUAAACAUUUCGACAGAAGUCUGUCUGGCUGGGUGGAAGAAUUAAGAAGUUGAAAUACCUCCAGCCACAAUUUCUUGGAGGAAACCCGACGUUUCGAGACCGGCUUGGUCUCUUCUUCAGGGGUGACUGUGCUGAUCAGGGGGGCUUCGUCGCAGCUUGUUUUUGGCUCCGCCUUUCUCUUUCCCUCACGUUCUGGAGGCCGUGCACGUAGAUCGGAGGCAUUGUUCCGAGGGACCGGUUCACAUUCGCAGGUGUGUUCUGGAUGUGCCAGGACUCGAGUAAGAGCCUCCUUCCCAGAUUCCUUUCUCUUUCUAUGAUGGAAGCGCUCUCGAAGUCAAUUUUGUGGUCGUGCUUCUCGCAAUGCUCUGCAAGGUGGUGCUGCACCUCCACACAUCUUCCUCUACUAACGGAACAACUUUUUCCGUCCCUUGAGGUUCCGUUUAACGAGAUUCUGCUGUAAUACUAGGUAACCUGGAGUAGCCUUGUGACAGCUAGUUCAGCUAGUUGCAGUUGUAAUAUAUGAAGUAGGUAUUCCACAUAAGUGUUUGCAGGUAAGAAAUUACAGCACUGUGAACCGUACGGAGUGAGACUUCUAUGACUUCACUACACUUGCAUGGGGGCUUUCACAAUGCUCUGUGUGAAACAGUAGACGAUAAAGUUGCUUGCGGCAGCAACAGAUGUGCAGCUCGUGGCUCCCUGAGGCUUUUGCUUGCGUUGCCACCACAGGCACCUUUCACCUCAUUUGACAUUCGCCAUCGAAUGCAUGCAUCCUAGACUCCAGUGUUGCCCUCACGAUGCCACACCUAUGCUUACAUUUGUGCCACAUGCUGUCCAUUCACUUGUUUCAUUCGUCUAGAAGUUAGUUUCAUCGUUGCUCUAGGUUCCUAGUGGAUGGCCGAAUGCUGCAAGUGUGCCUUAAGAUGCCGCCAACUACGGAUUGAACAAAAGCGCGUGAGUGAUUCUUUUAUAGUAGUUGUUUAUCAUGCAUUCUGCAGUUUCUUCUCUCAUUUUCCACUUUGCUCAGGCAAGGGAAUCAAUUGCUAAAUUUAAAUUAGCUGAAACAGCAGAACUGUAUUUCGUUGCUUGAAUACGCAAGUGUGCAAGUUCAGAGUCACACAGUGUGAAAGCGUGUUUAGCCAGAGUAUGUGUGCCAGCGUGUUGUAGCAUUCUUAACUGUGUCGUUAUUUGGGCAAAAACAUGCAUCUUCCUUCGCCUGGUCUUAGCAUCGCCACACUAAGCCUCAUUCUUUAUUCCAUCACCCGCUGCUAUUCUUGUUGCUUAUCAAAUUACAGUACACUGAAACCUCGAUAUAACGAACACGGAUAUAACGAAAUAUCGGUUAUAACGAAGUAAAUGAAGAAUAAUCUUGCAAUACUUACAGUGUUAGGAAUAUAUGGUUAUAACGAAUUUUCGGAUAUAGCGAAGUUAUUUUCGUCUGAGAUGCAGCUUCGUUAUAGUGAGGUUUGAGUGUACAUGUUGGAUGGGUGUAGCAUUGACUUUGUGUUGUUUGCACUACCUAAUGUUUUCUCCUGAUCAUACACACCUGGUUUAAUAUCAUUCUAUAUGAACGAGCUUUAUGUAAACAUUCAUUACUGAAGGUGUCCAUCCAGCAGUAGAUCGUACAGGCAUGUCAAGGAGAGCCUGCUGUAGUCUCUACUAUUUUCCGAGGUGUAUAUAUAGACUUCAUAGCUGAAAACCUGCUGCUCAGUUCUUGACCAAAACUAGAAAAUGUUGCAUGGCUCCUGCUAAAAUAUUUCUCACUGUCAGUCAUGUUAGCACAGCUACUGUUGAGCAUAUGUGGCAAUCUGGCAGCCAUGGCAUUUUGUCGGCAAGCAAAAAAGGUUGCUGGCUUGAUUCCCAGCUUCAUUUGCUUAUUUAGCAGGCCCCACGAAGGGGUAUUACAUAAGGGACUUUAUGCUGGUGGACUCACUAGCCAGCAACGGACACACAGAGAAAGAGUUCACUGCAUGUUACAUUGCCUAGUGUAAAAAGUGAUCAUGAACUUUCUGCUUUUAAAACCUAUGUGGCAUAAGCUUAAAAUGCUAAGAGCUAAUUUCACAUUUCACAAACGUUUUGUCUAUCAGUCUUGUAAUAUUUAUUUUUUUUAACCCCUGGCGCAUUGAAGUACCACAAAUUUAUAAGAUUUUUCAGCACGUGGCAACUUUUAAUAUGCCUGUGUUUGACUUGUUUAACUUGGUGCAGUUAAGCUAAGAAGGAAGUGCUGUGGUGUUUUCAACUUGAGUUUGGUUGCUAGCGCCUCACUGUGGCACACAUGGAGAUGUUUGGAUGUUUUCGUUUAUUUUUAUUUUGCAUGUUCACGUUGUAUUUGAAGAGCCUGCUGUGAUAGAGCUCUUAUCAUGGUGGGGGGUUUUAUUGACGGGAGAGUAUCGCGUGAGUUGGUAGUCCCUGUAUGAGAGGAAUUGUCAUUUGCACAAUCCAAGGGUAGCACAUUCCAUUUUUUAGCUUUUUUUGGCCAUGAGAACUGUAAGUUUUUGUUUCUGUGACUUGCUAACAAAACGAAGCUUUCUCUUUUGCAUGGUGUUCCAUACUUGUAGUGCAGCUAACGUUUCCGUUCAUAAUCAAAAGACCUUACAGCUUCAGUUGCAUUGCAGCAAGUAAUGGUGAGUCUGUGAGCCAAGACUACGACUGCUGACAUCUUUCCAGUAGAUGACAGCGCUUUAAUAUGGGUUGGCGUUAACCAAGAUCAUUCAUUGCUGUGAUAAGCCGACAUUAGAUGUGAACAAUUGAGCAGAAUGUAGCGGUGUUUAUGUGAACAGUGCAGACUUGCAAACCUCGCAUCUUCUGGAGUGAUGCUCCAUGCUGUUGUAAUGCACUUACUGUUUACAAAUUAUGGUGUACAGUACUGUGUACUGAGCAUUGCAUGAACCAGAGUGCCAGGUAUGUAUGAUUCAUCUGGCUAAGCUAUUGCUUUGUCCAAAUGCUUAUUUCAUAAAUAGGUGUGUUUGACGUUGCAUGCAAUUAAACUCCUCUGCAAUGGACAAACUGGAUUUGUCCAUGUGUUCCUAGAAAAAAAAAACGACAAGUACUCAAGCUUGGCUCUUCACUGUUAUUUUAUCUUAUUUUCUUGUGUUGUGAUGAUAAGCUUCACUUUUCCAAUAAGUUGUUGAGAUGUUUACAUAAAGAAGCCAUGAAAUGUUGUCUAUGUUACUGUCAUAGAAAAUCUGUCCACUGAAGAGGUAAAUAUUAAGUUUGGGUGAAAUACUGCCCUGUCUUGCUCAUAAGAAAGUUUUUAGAAAAUGCAUGUGUUGUGAUGAUAGCCAAAUGUCAAUUUUUCUUCUCAGAAACUAUGGCUCCUUCUGUCAUUUUUGAAACAAAAAGUGUUGCAUAUCAAGUUGCACACUGCUACCAUGUUGCACGUUACAUGUUGCAGGCUGCGCAUACCAUAUUGCAUGCUGCUUUGAUUCAUUUAGAGCAGGACGGGGAAUGAUUGCAUUUGAACACUGCAGUAACAUGAACAUUCCCCAAAAUACCACCUAUGUAUAAAAUUUAAGCACAAACGUGGUAGUAAUAUGACCAAAACGCUCAGCAUAUAUACCUGGCACUCUUAUUCGCAUGUUUACAUUUACAUAAGGGAGCCAACUGCUUUGUCUUUUGCAGUAGGAAAGAUCUUUUGCAAUGCACUGGCACAGGGAAGUGGUUUGAAUGGCAUCUCAUCUCAACAGCCAGCACUGCACCAUUGCACUGCAUCUUUGGCCAGUAUAGCGUAACUCUAUCUUGUUUUGUUUUUAUUGUAAAUUCACCAUUGACCCUCCCUGAUUGGUCGAGUUAGUCGAAAAUCUUCAGCCGAGCAUUUUGCUUGUCGACCAUGCGGUGACUGGAAAGUGCAAAAAGUGCGUGACAUCAAGAUAAGUCAGCAGUGAUUAUGCUAGAUCAAGUCAAACAAACUGGAAAAUUUGUGGAAUAGCCGGAGAAUGCCUCUUUUCUGAAGCAGAAUAGAAAAUAGCGAGGAAUUUCUUUCGGAAAGAAAAGAAACUGCUAGAACACCAAUAUAAGACUACGCCAAAUAUGCUCAUACACAAAUCAAUUCGCUCUCUCCUAUGAGUGUUCAAAGUCAAAACAGCUGGUGGGCAGCCAUUAUCUAUUCUAUUCAAAACAACUCCCUUGCCAUUCCGAAAAGUUUUCAGUUUUGUUUGGCAUAGUAACAUAAUGGGGCACUUUCGCGGGUUUCGUUGCAUUCCAUGACAAACAAACACCGUGGACAAGACCUGGAAAAUUUCGACCAAUCACAUACUGCCCGAUUGCGGACUAAAAACAGAAUGGGAUAGUUUUACAUUAUCGCAUCCCUGAAUUCUCAUAGUCUUUCUGCAGACCUCAUAGCAUUGCAGAAACCCUUUAACAGUGUAAUAAUGUUUCUUGUAUGUUCCAUGCAAUGAUUGUGGCAGAUUUCUUAGGCAGCUGAGCCCACUAAUAUUGUGUCGUCAUAUUUAUUCUCUCAUUCCUAUUUUUCCUCUGUUACUGUCUUCAUUUUUUUUGUAUCAGCUUACAUGUUUCUCAUCACACUUUAUAUUUUAGCGUGCAUUCUCUACUGGUGGUGUAGGGCAGUAUGUCUAUCCAUUCUUGCUGUGCAUGUUUCAGCUGACUCACUUCCAUGAAAGUCUGAUGAAGGAAUUAAGCUCAGACUUGCAAAUUGAAAAUAAAAUAGUUUUUACAAGAACCCAAGUAACUCAAUCCUUACUUGUCAAUUGUGUUAACCUUUUAACUGAUUAUGAUGAGCUGUGCUUCGUCAUGGCUCUUCAGCAAUGUUUCUAGAGCCUUUUGGCUAGCCCAGAUCGUGAAAUGAUGUUUUCCUAUUUAAAACAUAGAUGGCAGCACAGGUUUCGCGAUUGGCGCUUUUAUUGAAUGAAAUGCGUGCCUUGCGUCUCCCGCGCGUUAUAAAACGAACAUGGCACAGUGCCGUGCUUUGAACGCAACCACAAAGAUGGUAGCCUCAUUGUAUUGAACCAUCGAGGAAUAAGUACAUUUUCUCCACGGGAAGUCAAAUGGAACCCAUACUUUCUGGAGUUGCAGAAAUCUUUCGGAAUACCCAUCAAAUGCCCCAGGUGUGAGGUAUUACCAGGCCGGCAGCCGGAGGGGGGGAAGGGGGGGUGGUACAUUCCCCCCCCCCCUCUCGAAAUUCCGAUGGAGGGGGUUGUUUUACGAAAAAUAAAUAAUGAAAAUACAUGUUUUUCAAGGUCUUCAGCAAGUGCCCUCCCCCCCCCCAAAAAAAAUUCCUGGCUACGGGCCUGCGUAUUACAUGACUGUGCAAAAUAUGAUGAAUGAAGCAUUUUUAUAAGCUGUAAAACGUUUUUGCAAGUUUUUUCUGUUUUGAACAUGUUACGAAGCAUUUCACGUCAUGAAAAAAUUGGGCAAUUUGGAACAAUUUUUUGUAAUUUAAUCGGCACUUAAGGGAUUAAAGGGAGUCAUAAAUGAAAUAAUAAAGCCUGUAUCGACAGACUGCAUUUUUAAAGUGCAGACUCAUCAGUUUUACUGCGAGUGGUGGCGUGGCCCUAAAAAUUCCUACAAUGAUUUUCUUUGAUGCGGCUGAUCUCGGAAGCAUGUGUUUGUUGCUAGGUGAUUGCUUUUCAUUGAAGAAACAUGUCAUUGUAAUAAGCUGAUGGGUGGAUUCAUGUACACUGAAAGUAGCGUCAAAUCUGUGACUUUGACAUCAUCAGCAUCACAUCUGUGUCACAGAUUUUAGAAGUAUAGGAGAUAUUGCCAUUAGUUUUACACCAUGAAAAAACAAUGGCAAUUUCUUUCUUUGUUUAAGAAUAAGUUAACAUAUAUAUUAAACUGAUGUGUUUUUUUAUGUUCCUUUUUUUUUUUAAUUGAUGACGAGUUACUCGGCAUUUCUAAACAAAUAUGUGUAGCAGAAAUUUUCUGCUUAAUUGAAGCGAAUGGAGGUGAAGCAACUGCAUCAUGCAGAGCUUGGGUGCUUAUCCUUUGUGAUUCCAAAAGCCGGUGGAAAAAAAAACUGAUUUUUCCUCAAAGGGAUCAGAAUGUUUUUUAGGUUGUGUUUUUAGGAGCCUGGCUCCAAGUGAAAGAGGAGUGCCUUUUGCAACUAGCUUGUGACUUUGCAAGUACUGUAUGCCUCUUGGCAUGUGUGUGUGAGUGCUGGAAACGUGAAAUAUGUAGUUUUCUUACUCAAUAAAUGGCUG